AAUCGCGUUCGGCAUCGGUCAGUUUUCAGACGCAAUAAGAAUUCUGGCGAAAAUUUUUAAGAAUUCUUCAUUAAAUUGAUUGGAAACGUAGUGAUAAAUAACUCAUACGAUGGCAACUCCUGCCCCAACUGGAUUAGACGUGACGGAGCUGAAAUUCACCCUCCAAAACAAGGUUCCCAUUUUCAAGGGCGAUGGGAACGUGAGGGAUAGCUGUAGCUUGCUAGCCGCAGCCAGUGUCCACGGCCUGGUGUUUGCCGGCACCACAGGGCCACAGAUUAAAGUUCUGCAACUGAAAGACGUUACUCCGGAUAAGGUGAUCGAUGAAGUGGUGCCGCUCCGUACGGUUCCCCUUCCGUCGGAGCCAUUCCAGAUGGCGGUCAGUUCGGAUCACGGUUUUCUGGCGGUGGAUGUUAUGGUGGGUGGUGUUCCGAUGAUACAGAUCUAUUCUGUUCCGUCGUUUCUGACGCCGGCGGUUGUGAAGCUUCAUGAAAUCAGGACAUCGCCGGAAGGAGGGAUUCGAAGCACACAGAUUCUGUGGAACCCGGUGAUACAUAAUAUGUUUGCAUUGCGGACGGAAAACGGAGCAAUGUCGGUGUACACCCUGAAGGAACCCAGUGGAAUUGAGUUCCAUUCGUUGGACAAGAGCGAAGGGGCGAUGUGCGCAUGCUGGAGUCCCAAAGGGAAACAGCUAGUAGUUGGUUUCGCCAACGGAAAGCUGAUGCAGUUUAAGCCGGAUCUUAAGCCGGCACGGACCAUCGCCUGCCCUCCGGAGGUAAUGGAAGGCCCUUUCGAUGUAAUAGCCGUGCAAUGGUUGUCCACAUAUCAGUUCGCAGCGGUCUUCCUGCCAAGGGCUGAGGAUAGCGUUCCGUCCCUGUUUAUAGUGAACGCUCCGAAGGCCGGCAAUCCGGUGUUCGUCAACUAUGACGAUAUCUGUUACAGUCAGAGUGGCCCCAGGAAGGGACAAGUGUUUCUCAUCCAUAUAUUGCAGUGGAACAUUCUGUUGAUGGCGUCUGCCAAUAGUAUGGAAGUCGGAAUCCUAGGAACAACAGAAACCGGAGAAACUCCUACUUGGUACCAGUGGACAACGACUGAUGAGGCACGAGCAGAAUUACCACUGUCAUCUGAUAAACAGGAAACUUUGCCGAUCGGGUUUGCCCUCGAGACCGGCUGCACCCAUGAAGUAGUGUUGUCGGAGCAAACCCUUCCGGUUAUGCCGAUGAUUCAUUUGCUGUCCACUUACGGGUUCCUAGUAUCCUUUAACGUGCUAAACCUGGUGCCAAACGUUCCAAGGAUAUGUUGCCCGCCAAAACCCGUCGCCGACACAUCCGGGAAGUUCGAAAAAGUAGACCCCAGCAAACAGCAGCCAACACCACCAACCGCCGCGGCACCUCCCGCAGCCGACAUGACGUUCACGGUCCCUGCGGGGGCCACCUCAACUCCAGCAAUCGCCAAGACCAAGUCCUUCUUCAGCCCAAGCGAGAACAAAUCCCCGGCCAAUCUGUUUGGGGUGCCACCCACUGCCGCCGCUUCAGCUACCGCAUCCAUUGCUCCAACGUUCGGUAAGCAGAUAACAUUUGGCACGGCAGCGCCCACCACGUCCGACCCAGUCAAAACCAGUCCGUUCGGAGGGAGCACCACAGGAACCGCGCUACCGUCGUUUGGUGUUCCGGGGAAACCUUUCGCACCGACAGUAGCACCAACAGCAGCAGCAGCAGCAUCCCAACAGGCUCAACCUUCGCUGCUGAAAGCGGCACUCGGUCAACAACCACCACAGCAGCAACAAAUGCCGAAAGCUGCAGCGGACGCCGCCAAACCGUUUAUAACCGUGCCGCCUACGUAUACGCCUCCACCACCAUCGGCGGACAUCAGUCGGUCCAAUUCGUCGGAAAGCAUUUCCAAGCAACCACAAAAGCCAACUCAGAAGAAACAGGAGUCAACCGACGAUACCAACUCGGUCAUCCGUUCGAUGAUCACCGAAGAGAUCCGAAAAUUCGAGGAAGAAUUGACGGACCUUCUACAGCGUUGCAAAAACCUCAACACCACCAUCGGUUCCAAGGAGGAAUCGACCACCAUCAUCAAGAACCUUAAGGAACUGCAGGAUCUCAGCGUGCAGGCUGCGGAAAGUACCGAAUCGCUCACAUCGGACGUUCAGGCCCUAAGGUUGGGUUUGAACGAAGCCUUCGCCAUGGUUGCGGAAGCGAACAGCAAAAACGCUAUCUACAAACAUCCGAGUCCGAAUCAGUUCCAGGAAACGCAUGCCAUGUCCCAGUCCAGUCGGCGCCAGUUGGCCAGCUUGCAGAACAUGCUGGCGGUCAACGAGAACCAGCUGCACGUUGUGAACAAACAGAUCGACGCCCAGUGGUCCGCAAUUCAGGAAGCGAAUCGGACCAACUCCAAACGGAGGAUGCAUGUGCCCAGCUUGGAGGUGCUCUAUCAAACGCUGUCCAAGCAGCAGGAGAUCCUGAACAGACAGAGGGAGAAGCUGAGCUACAUCAAGGGGAAGCUGGGCAUGCGAGAGAGCAUUCGAGGGUUGGAAAAGGGCCGAAAGAAGGACUUGGGUGGGGCGGACCCGGUGGAUUCUUUGACGGAUUCGAUUAUCUCGAUGUCGAUCGCUGACCAGGUGCGUGAGGAUGCUCGGCGUUUGAGCGAGGUUAAAAUGAGUUCCCUUCGGGACAUGCUGAAGAACCGAAAGGUUGUAACCGUGAAACCGAGUCGACCGGAUCGCAUCGGUUUGAAUUCGGAGGUCGUUCGGGAACGGCGAAACGAGGUUCGUCGAAUGGAUUCGGAAAGGGCGAAGGCGGAAACCACAGUGAUCGCUAGACCGGUAGCUCGGGUGAAGAAGGUCGAGGAAAAGCCGCAGAUGCAACCCAAGGUUGCCCAACCGGUUGUUGUUCCAGCACCAGCAAAACCUGCAGUCACAGAACCGCCGAAAGUUUUCGAUCUUCCUAAAGCAUCGAGUCUUCCUAACUUUGGAUCCAAGCCGGCUGCGGUAACUGUAAUUCAACAGCCUACUACCACUGCACAAAGUACCGGAUUUGGGUUCGCACCAGCACCUCAAAGUACCAACAGCUUGAUAACAACGGCACCAAAACCUUCUGCUGCUGCUGCUCCCGUAAUGUUUGGUACAUCAGGAGGAGCAGGUGCCGCCGCACCACAGUCAUCUUCCGUGUUCAGCUUUGGGCAGCCCGCGGCGCCAACUUUUGGACAAUCAGUGUCUUCUAUGAAGGAGCCGCCUACCAUAACGAAGGAGACUACACUUUUCGGAAGCACCACCAUCAAACCAGUCUCGACGAUAUCUUCGAAAGAUAAGGAAAAUCAGGAACCACUUCCUAAGCCUGCUGUCUUUGGAUUUGGCAGCACUACUAUCCAACCAAUCCCAAAACCGGAUAGCGCAAACAAUUCGGAACCCACCAAGCCUGUAGUGAACUUUGGCGCAGCGACCAACGGUAAACCAGCAUUUUCGUUUGGAGCUCCUGUUGGAGGUGCGUCUGUGACAUUUGGAGCAUCCGCUCCUACGACUUCGGUACUAAACCUACCCAAGGAGAAGCAACCCGAACCGAAAAAGGAAGAAAAGCCAAAGGAAGAAGUCAAGAAAGAUGAACCUUUGCCGGCUGCUCCUGGAACGUCCACUGCUUCCGAGGAAGCAGCUAAGGCAGCUUUCCCAGCAUUGACCAAUCUGCUACAGAGGGUGGACUCAACCGCUGUAGAAACUUCUAAGGCGUCGCCAAGUCCAUUCGGUGCAGUUGCAGCAAAGACGACAACAAGUUCCAAUAUCUUUGGAACAUCGACGGCAACUAUUGCACCCGGUACGGGACUGUUCGGAAGCAUAAAACCGACUGCUACGACAACUGCUACAACAACUCCUUCAAGUGGCGGAGUGUUCGCCAGUUUCACCGUCGGAGGAGGUGCAACCGAAACAGCAAGUACGACGGCUGCAACAGCCACCACCACCGCUACAGAUGCAACAGUAGCACAGAGCACAUCAUCUGCCACGUCCACGACAUCGACCCUGUUUGGAUCUGUUAAGCCUCCUGCAACCACGUCCGCAAGCAGCACAGGAUUUGCCUUCGGUGGAGCAAGUGGCGGUUUUUCGUUCGCUGCUGCUGCCAAUAAGCCGACGGACCUGUCGGUCAAAUCUGAUCCUGCAACGAGCGAAGCAAAACCACUAUUUGGCGCAGUUGCCACUACCAGCACAACCCCGGCUUCCACGACGGUAACGACCACGACUACAUCUACAGCUCCGGCUGUAACGUCUUCUCCGGCAAUAGCGACAACUUCCACAACGGCAGCCACCACUUCCUCCGGGUUUUCAUUCGCUUCCGUCAGUACAUCUUCCGCAACGGUCACAACUGCGCCCGCCAGCGCCGUACCCACUUCUACCACCGACGCCACAUCGAAUCUCUUUGGUUCGUUCAAUAUCUGUUCGCCAUCGAGUCCGGCGGCACCCAAAGCUUCCUCCGGGAACAUUUUUGGAAGUGCUUCCUUUACUUCCCCGAAGUCCGAAGGCACGUCCAUUUUUGGGGGUGGCUCGUCCGGUACCACAUCAGCGUUCGGAGCGGUAACCGGGGCCACCGAAACAUCCAAACCGAUUUCGAUUUUCGGAUCGACUGUGGCCGUUACCAGCACCAGCUCAAGUCCAGCUGGAACCGGUCUGUUUGGAUCGGUUGCUACAACUAGUGCCGCCUCAGGAGGCUCAAUUUUUGGAACGACCAGUGCAACAAGCUCUCCAUUUGGUAGCGCUACCGGCGGAACCUCAGGGGGUGGUCUCUUCGGUUCGGUCGUACCAAGUUCCCCACCUACAAGUACCGGUUCCAUUUUCGGAGGUGGCACAACAGCUGGCACCCAACAACCGGCAAGUCCGUUCGGAGUGGCCACCACAGCCCCGGCCACAACGGCGUCCAACAUUUUUGGAACUGCAGGAGCUGCCAGUGGCGGAGGAUUGUUCGGAUCGGUUACUAGCCCUUCAGCCGGCGCUGGAGGAUCGAUCUUUGGCGGUACUUCAGCGUUUGGAAGUACGGCUUCCGGUACUAGCUCUGGCAAUAUCUUCGGAGGAGCCACUUCUGGUGCUUCAACAGGUGGUUUCGGUACAUCAGUGUUUGGACAGCCCAGCUCGCCACAAUCGGGGCAAUCUAUUUUCGGAGGUGCAACGACUGGAUCCGGAUUUGGAAGUAGCAGUUUCGGAUCGCCAACCCCCGGUGGCGGUGCUGGUGGUGCUUUCAGUACCCCUGUGGCCGGCAGUGUAGCCCAGAGUGGGUUCGGAUCGCCCGGUGCGUCCGCUUUUAACAAACCGGCCUUCGGUGGUACACCAGCAUUCGGAGGAACGCCAUCGUUCGGAGGGGCGCCAGCUUUUGGAGGGUCGGCUGUGUUCGGAGGAUCCCCAUCCUUUGGUACCAAGCCAAUGUUUGGCGGAUCGAGUGGAUUCGGCCAAGCACCGCUGAGUCCUUCCAGCCAAUCGAACAACUUGUUCGAACAGCUGGGAUCGUCGUCGUCGGGAGUUUCCUUCGGUAACCUAGCGCAACAGCAGGCGGAGAAACCGCCACAAUUCGGAGGAUCGUCCUUCUCCAGCUGGCGAUAGAGCACAUGGAAAAUUAAGGUAGAGUAUAAGCUUAAUGUUCUAUCAAUCGUUCUAUGUUAUAAUUAGAAUCAAAUUGACAUGUUUUACUGGA